AUGGACCACUGCAAGAUGUCGUUCCAGGAAGUCCCUGAACCAUUAGCCUCUGGCAUAUCUACAAAUGAAGUAAAUUAUAGAGAAUAUGAAAAUGUGGAAGAGUUAAAACUAUCACGAUGUAAAAUGACAAGAAUACCCACCACAUCCAAAGGAACAAAGUACACACAGGAAACUAAAUUGGAAACCAUCCCAGCAACUCCAUUAGCAAAGCCAAUUCGUGUUGCUUCAGGCAUAUUCAGACCUUCUGUAUAUUUGAGAGUCAUAUCCUUUGACAUCUCAAGUGAAGUCAAAGCCAGAACUCGACCAGGCAAUGAUCCAAUAGCCGAUGUGCCAAAGCCUCUAAAAAUACCGGGAAAACCGUCAUUUCGAAUAAUGUAUCUGAAAACAGAUAACCCACUUUGGGAGAUUCCCGAUCCUGCUACUUGCAUUCUCGUUUUCACAACUGCUGUAGGGUGUAUUAAUGCUGACUGGACAGUGAAGAGAAUAGCUCCAAUGACAUGA